AAAAACGAUUCAGGGUGGAGGAAAAAAAAACAGCAGAGGAACUCCUCCUGUUUACAACAACAUAAUGGAGACAAAAUGGUCAAAUAUGAGCUGCAGGCGGGUUUUAUUAACUGGAUUUACGCUAUGUAUUGUAUUAGUCACAACCCCUUGCUCGGGGAUCGAUAUCCACGCGGACUCGGAGGUUCUGAUUCAGAACGGCACCACGGGGACGCUGCGCUGCUCCUUCAGGUCCAACGAGGUGGUGAGCAGCACCACGUCGGUCACAUGGACCUUCCAGUCCAACCAGCCCGACAACCUGUUCUACAAAACCCCGUACACGGUUUUCUACUAUUCCAACGGGAGAGGAUUCCCGGGUCACGACGUGUUCAAAGGCAGAGUUCAGUUUAUUGGAGACAUAAAUAAGAGGGACGCCUCGUUACAGCUGAGUCCGGCUCAGUUCAGCGACAACGGGACUUUCUUCUGCGACGUGAAAAACCCGCCGGACGUGACGGGAACUCCGGCGCGCACCGAGCUCAGGGUCGUUCUGAAAGAGUCUCUCCCUCAGAACAACAUGGCGGUUAUAGUGGGAGCAGUUUGUGGAGCAUUGUUUCUGCUCGUCCUCAUCGCUGUGGCCGCCUGCGUCGUCAUGAGGGUGAUGCACAGCCGCCACGAAUACGAAGGAUGCACGUCCUUGGAAAGCGUGAGCUCUCAGGCUCCCAAGCCCCGAAAGAAGGUGGAGGUCAAUCUGGAGAGCUCCAGGGGCCCCAACCCCCCGGGGCCGGUACAGGGCCCGGUGAUAUACGCCCAGUUGGAUCACUCGGGCAGCAGGAGCUCCUUCCACAAGAUGGAGCCAGUGGUCUACGCUGACAUCCGUAAAAACUGAAGAGGAACUGGGGACCAAACACGUUAAAAAAAACUAAAAAAACCACAGUAAAGUAUCAGACCUCUCGAUCAGCUGCUCUUGGGAAGGGUGGGGAAAAUAUAUCAUAUAACAGGGACACAGUCGGUGCAGUUUCUUUAUUUUAUUUGAUCUUUUCUUCAUCCUCUGAAAGCAUGAUAUGAUCAAAUCUCAAUGUGCUUUUAUUUAGAAAAACACCCCAAUGGACACUACGUCACUCCGUCUUUAAAUGGUUCGUUAAAAUCAAGAAUGCCGUCAUAUGAUAUCAUUUAUUUUAUGUUUUAUUAUCGUAGGGCUCUGCAGGCUGUUGCACCAGCUGGAACAAUGAGUUUCAUCUUGAGUUUAAAACUGCUUCAUUGUGACUUGUCAUUUCACACUUAAUCACUAUAAAUAAAAUAAUCUUAUAUACUGUAAUAACUGCUGAUUCUAAUCAAAACAGGAUCGCAGAAAUGAACGCUACUAACAAGUAAAGAAAGGGAAUUCAUUACAAAAAAUACGAUUUAUCCUACUGCAUGUAAACGGAGUACUCUCUUCAAAUUCCCAGCUUCUGUGAACGCACCAUUAAAUCACCGCUAGUAUAACAAAACCUAAUUGAAAUAUAUUUAAAAAACCUUUUUUUUUUUAUUUAAUUGAAUCAGUAACAGUGGAUCAGGAUUUACCAAAGCUAUGCUGACAUUGCAGAAUGUAUUGAUUUGUUUUAUUAACCCUACUUUAGAGUGUUUGCUAUAUUGCUAAUUGAUUAAAAAAGGGAACAUUUUAUUUUUUUUUUUUUUUUCAAAUAUGGCGAUAGAGGUGAUGUUUGGAUGCAUCACUUUCCAAAUCAUUUACCAACGUUUUCUGGCUUUUAUUUGAUUGACUGCUCCAACAUUAUAUCCAUAUUAAAAACACUUAAUAGCCAACGCUAAAAUAUCGUCUAAAUCCCGAUGUAUUUCGUUCCAAAGUACAUCCUGAAAUUAGAUUCUGUCCAUCUCCAGUAAAGAAGAAAUGCUUGGAAUAAAAAUAACACUCUUAAUAAUCUUCAUUUUCUAUCAGCAGUCACUGGCUUUAAUGACAUUCCUGCGAAGCUUCAAUUGAAUUAAAAGCUCUUGAAGUCGGUGCAACAGUCUGCAGAUCCCUCAGUGAUGUUCUUCACAUUGCCUUCAGUAACUCUGCAUGCAGUAAUGUUAACAUCUACAGACUGACAUUAUGGUACUCUGACAUUAUGUUACUGUGAAUGCUUCUGGCAUGUUGUGGUACCUCGUGACAAAAAAAAAAAAACACUGCCUCCUUUUUUUGAUUAUCACCUCAGUGCAACCGUUUUUUUUUGUCGUCUUUAAAAUACAUAUAUGCAUAGGAACAAACAUGCAAUGCACCGAGAAAGAGUUUUAUGUUCUGCAUCACAACCAGCCAGGUUUGAAUUUAACACUUUUAGAAUAUAUGCAUGACUGAGGUGAAACAUCUGCUAUGAAAACUGGACAAUGCUUUAAAAACACUGUUUGCAUGCAAUUUACUAACAUAGUGAGCAUUAUCAUGAACAUAUGCUAUUCUUUUCGUCUCUGUAUACUGUGUAAAAGCUAUUUUUGUUUCCACGUAAUGGGCCAAAUAUCAACACUAAUAUGAGGGAAAGUUGUUUCCAGCUUUAAAUGCAUUCCAACAUCUGAUUUUUAUUUAGUUUUAAGCAUUGAAAAAAAGCCAAAUCCUUCUGUUUUUGUUUCUGUCUGUGGUUACCUAUGAGAGUGAUAUUUGUGUCGCAGUGAAUACCUUCAGCUUGUGAUUCAGAAUGCAGUAAAUCUCCAUGUUGACCAGUAUUUGUAUAUAUUCCAAUUUCAUGUAAGAUAUAGUGCUGUUUACUGUAACUCAUUCCAGUGUGUGCUAUGGCUGAGGAUGUAUAGUUUGCUGUAGAGGCUAGAGAAAGUUGGUGGCAUGCUUUGUUUUUUUAAAGUCUUAAUUGUUCGUCAGGAAACACUCCAACAUAUACAGUGCCUGCAGGGAGCCGGUCAAUUCCAAACGGCUUGAAUUCAACUGUAUUUAGUCAAACAACUCAUAGUUAGGGGACGUUUCUGGAUUUUUUUAGGGUGUUUCUGUUACAAUUCUUCAUUAAUAUUGAAUCCAAAACCCUCUUUAUCCAUUUUUGCUGACUUUUAGCUCCAUGUUUGGUCUCCUCCACCUAACGUCUGAGGAAAAUCUGACUUUUCCUUGAGUUUAAACUAAAGGGUGUUUUUGUUUCACAAUUCCUGAAUAUCGACUCCACAACCUUAGCAAACGGAUCAUUUCCACAUUCUGAGCCACAUUUAAUUUUUCUGGAGUCAUUUUUGUGUCCACUUUAUGGAUUAAAGUCGAAUUUGCUUUCACUUUUAGCUCAGAUUUUUGCUUCCUCCAACUAACUUCACUAACUAUUUGUUUAGCUUACAAGGGGGUUUUGAUACAAUUUCUAAUUAAUAUUGACCCCAAAACCUUAGCAAACUGUUAACUUACACAUUCAGAUCAACAUCAGAACGAUUUCUAAAUAAUUUUUCCGUGAAACUGAUGGAUUUUAGUCCAAUUUCUCCCUUUUUUAUCUCCAUUUUUGGUCUCCUCUCCCUUAAUUCUGAGUACAACCUGACUCGAGCUGCUUAUUGCUCACAGCUAGUCUCUAAAGUGGCCUUUUACAGCUUUUUCUCUUAAAAACAGCUCUUAAAGUGGCUUAAGAGUGGUGAUAGUUAAACAAAACAGCAAUGAGCAAAAAAUCACUCAAUCAAUAAAACUCAAUUUUUAUUACGCAUUUAUAGAAAAGUAUGUUAAUUUCACACAAACUACUGUUAAAAAACUCUUGGGUGGAUUGUAUCAUCGUGAAUGUCCCUGAUAAUGUAGAUUACCGUUGUGUGCCAGUUUCAGUGGGUUUUCUUUUCCGCUGAGCUCACGAUUUGUACCUUGAAUGACUAGACGUCUGUAGCAAUAAUGACUGUAAAGCUCGUUACGCAGCUGAAAACACAAUCAGUGGGUAGAAUAGAAAUGUAUCGUCCCACCAGGGUAGGAAAUGUGCCUUUUUCUCGUCAAUAAACCCCCAAAAAACCUACAUCACUUGUCAAAAUCUCCCAAAAUCACCGUUAGCCAACGUUAUGAACCAAAACAAUCAUGAUAAUUUAUCAAAAAUGUGUGAAAACAUGUAUUUAACUAUAAGUAAUCCUUGCGUACAUCAACCUGGACUCAUGUUAUUAUUCAUAACUCUAAAUACUUUCAUCCAACUAAUGAAAACCUUAAUUUGAUCCCUUUUUGAUUGACCCUGUCUGCAGGCACUGUAGUCUUCCAGGUGUGUUUUCUCUGUAACGUUGUUCUGUUUGUUUCUUUCUCCAGUUAGCAUGUAUUUCUGUGUAUUUACCAAAUCAAAAACAUCCUGUAUGAUACCGACAGCUGCCGGUCGCUUCGCUCCUUGUGACUCGUCGCAGUGUUUAGUGCUGUUGUAGAAAAUUGUGAUGUAAACUAUAAAUUAUGAACGUUUUUCCGACCAACGUUUGGUGUCUUAAAAAGUGUCCGAGUGGACGCUCACAACGAGUCUUAGUGUUUCUUCGAUGGUAAAUAGUUGUGUGUUUUUUGAGAGUCGUUUCCUAUGUUUAUGUUGUGAAAUCUGCACUAUGUCUUGCAAAUCAAAGACAACAAAUUCCCUGUGAUUUUUCUUUUGUUUUGUUGUGUUUCUCGUUCAUCUCGGGGUGAGCUCUGUUUCAAACGUCUCUAAAACUGGAAUGUUGUACAUUUAGUGCCUUUUACAUUUCAUCAGCUAACAUCUGCUCAAAAUAGUAAAAAAAGAUUCAUUUAUUUUUCCUUUUUAUUGUAUGUAUUUUUUUAUACACAUAAUAUCGCCUCUGUAUCCACUGUUCAAAUUUUAUAUAAAACCUAUUCCUGGCCAAUUA